AUGACUCUAAACGACACUGAUGCCACUACAGAUGCGAACACACUCUCUAAUGCGACGGGUCCAGGCUCGCCUACCGCCAUCUAUUCCAAUCUGGACACUGCAUUCUGGAUCUGUAUCGUCACUACUGUUGUGAUAGGCCUUGUCGGGAAUGCAUUUAUCUUUCCCCUGAUGAGGGACGUCAAGUUCUCAUCUUUAUCCUAUCCAGUCUAUCUGAUAUUCCUGGCCGUGUCGGACAGCACGGUUUUAAUAAUGUAUUGCAUAUAUCAGACGUUGAGAUUCUUCGACUCGUUUCAUAUCAUUGGGAAGAACGUAGCUGCCUGUAGAUUGUGGCUGUUCUUGAUGUCCACUGUGACGCUGUUGUCGCCGUGGCUGGUGGUUGGACUGACUGUGGAUCGGUUCUUCUGUGUGGUUUUCCCAAUGAAACGCGAUCGCUUCUGUACGCCACGAAAAGCGAAGAUCGUCUGCUCGUGUCUGACUGCUCUGUCGGUAUUGCUGAUGCUGCCGCUGUUGGAAGGGGUAAAGGUUAUCGAGAAGUCAAAUAUAUGCUUUAUUAAAGAUCACCUCUUGGUUUACUUCGCUUUUUUCCGUAUCAGUAUCAAUUCAAAUCUUCCCUGUCUCUUGAUUAUCGUCUUCAACGUUGUGAUUGGAAUCCACAUCCAGCGCAGCACUAAUUUCCGAAAGAGAUUCACCUCCACCAGCUCUGGCUCCACGGAAAACAAGCUGGACAAGUCUCUCCUUCCUCUCAUGCUGAUCUCACUAAUGGCUCUCGUGACAUUCUUGCCUUCAUCCCUUGCAGAUAGUAUUGUUACGAUUCUUGUAAUAACUAAAUCGUAUCCUAAUACUUUGAAACAGGUCGCUAAAUUUUCGCCUUCAUUUAUUGUUUUGUACCUGAUCAAUUUUGGACAGAAUUUCUACAUCCUGAUGGCCAGUUCAGCUAACUAUAGGAAGAUCAUGAAGAAAAAGCUGAAAUGUCAGAGAAUCUUUGGAGAAAAGAAGAAUGUCACAGAGUUGAGAGUUUCUGGCCAGGUUUCUGACACCAAGGCAAAUACUACAGAAUUAAGCACCAGGGAGUCUUUAUACAGCGGCUCAACAUCGGUUAUCUCCCCCGCUACUGAUUUUAGUGAAGGUUCGACAAAGUAA